AUGACCACAGUCCCAGCUAAAAUUAGCGAUAACUUCCUCCCACCCAAAGCCCCAAGCACAGCUCGAGCUCAACAAAUCGACUUUGAAAAGUCCAACCCCCCACUCCCAAAAUACAAAGACCACUUCGCCGCAGUGAUAGAUGACUUUCUCACCGAGACUGAAUGCAAAGAACUCCUCGCCCUCGUCGAGUCCAGCACACCAAAUGGCUGGGAACGUGCAAUGAUCAAUAUCGGCGGCGGGAAACAACGUCUCUCCACCGAUACGCGCAACUGUGCAAGAAUCAUGUGGGAUACCCACGACGUCGCCGACCGACUGUUAGCGCGCCUAAUGCCAUUCCUGCACGACUUAGACAUCGACCAAUUCAGUAAUCGAACGAGUGUGACUGGACUAAUUGGCCGGGGCAAAUCGUAUCGUGUCUCUGCGCUUAAUGAACGACUACGCUUUCUCCGGUAUGUGGGUGGUGAGUACUUCCGCCCCCAUUGGGAUGGGCAGUACGAAGCACCCAAUGGAGAUCUUUCAUAUCUCACGCUCCAUCUUUAUCUUAAUGGGGAUGGGGAGCAGGAUGUUGUUGAGUUGGGCAAGGCGGAGGAUAGGCCCGGGAGAGUGAAUCCUGCCCCUCAUGAGAAGUUGCUUGGGGGCGCGACGUCCUUUAUUCCGAUUCCUAGUUAUAAGAGUGGGAAUGGGCAGCUGCGCAUCUUUCCAAGGACCGGGUCUGUUUUGAUUUUCCAGCAUAGCGGGCUUAUGCAUAGUGGGGAUCCGGUGUUUAGGGGCACGAAGUAUACUAUGAGGACGGAUAUUAUGUAUCGGGAGGUAUGA